GGCUUUUCAGCUAAUACAAAAUGUCACUCUUAUUUUUCAAGCUCUAAUUUUUUGUUUGUGGGCACAUCUAUAGAUAGCGCUGUAAUGAGAAUUAUAAUAAUGAUAAUUGAGUCCAAAUAAUAUCUGGCAACAUUAUUUUACUAUUAUUUAUUUUUAAUACUGGUAAUUAUUAAAACUCCGGCAAUGGUACGUUUCUUUACAGUCAAAAUAUUACGUCAAAUUCAACUGCUAUAAUAGUUAUUAAAUAUUUUAGUAUCUAGUCAUUCACGAAAAUUUAAUAAAAUAAAACAUUACAUAUAUAUUUAUAUUACUAAUACUGACAUCAAUAUGUUUAAAAAAUAUAGAAUUUGCAUACUACAACAUAUUUUAGUGUGUGUAUGUCAUUCACGCAAUGUGUGCAUGAUACGGAACGUUAUUUGUUAUUACGGCCGCCAAAAUACAAAUAACUUUUUCGGAUUUUUGUGAUUUUAUCGACAACUCUAGCUUUUUCGUGGACUCUGAUUUGCCUCCUCACCUUCUGACCUUUGCGAGUACUAUAAUUGACCUUGAUUUGGAUUUUGUACUAUGGCGUCGAAACAUAAGUGUUUUAUUCCUGGUUGUGACCAGAAUGAAAAACGUGAAACCACCAGUACCUUACAUAGGUUCCCCAAUCCUGAUAAGGAUGCUGGAAGAUUCAGAAAAUGGAUCAAUGCUAUUGGUGGAAACUUAGUUAUGCUUGAUGACAAUUAUAUUUUUAAAAAUGCCAGAGUUUGUCACCAACAUUUUGAAUCCAAAUAUCAUACCUGGAGUUCAAGACUCACUAUUGACGCAGUCCCAACUUUAUUACUCAAAGUUUCGACACGUAAAAGACCAUUGUCAGACAUUAACAAUUUUGCUACAGACAAUACUGCACCGUCCACAUCUGAAGCUUUAUUGAUUUCAACAGAACCAGCAGUAACUGCGAGUACUUCAACAGCUGUACCUAAAAAGCGAUACUCUGCAAGAAAUGAAAAAGGUGAUUUUUUUUCCACAAACUAGUGGUGAUAAUUGUAG